GUGGGCGCGCCGGGAGCCCCGCACGGCGGCCCGGGGGCGGCGGGCGGCACCGCCUGGCCGGCCGGGGGGUGCCGGCCCUGCGCGCCCCGCACCGCGGCCCGGCCCGCCGAGAGAUGGCGGAUUCCUAUACCUGUAAAGGUGGAAGGAAAACUGCAGGCUCUAACAAACCCACUGCCAGCAAAGAAAGCAGGACAGAGACGAGGAUAAGCCCACCAGCAGAGCUGCCCAAGCUGGGAAAUGCAACCAGUGACAAAACUGAAGGCAGGAAGAAAGGAAGACCCAAGGCUGAGAACCAGGCGCUGAAAGACAUCCCUCUCCCCCUGAUGAACCAGUGGAAGGACGAAUUCAAAGCCCACUCUAGGGUGAAAUGUCCCAAUUCAGGCUGCUGGCUGGAGUUCCCCAGCAUUUAUGGCUUGAAGUAUCACUAUCAGCGCUGCCAAGGGGGUGCGAUCUCGGAGAAGCUGACAUACUCAUGCUCAUACUGCGAAGCUGCCUUCACCUCCAAAACCCAGCUGGAAAAGCAUCGGCUCUGGAAUCACUUGGACCGGCCAGUGCCAACCAGCAAAGCAGAAAACAAAGUGCCCAAGGCCAUUGGGAAGAGCAGUGGAAAGAAAAGACCUGCUGAGAGUUCAGCUUGCCCCACCAUCCAUCCCAAACAGGCAAAGAUGGAAAAAGCCGUGGCCCAGGAGCACGCGGAGAAUGGCGAGUGCCUGGCAGAGAGCCGGGAGAGCAAGGAGUUCCAGAUUGCAGCAGCUGAGGCCAUGGCAGCUGCCACCCCCACGGCCAAGUCCUCCAGUGGCAAGGACACCGGGCAGCAGCGGGGCAGCCAGGCCUCACUGCAGGAGGAAGACCCCGAGAGGAUGAAGCACAGAAGGAAACAGAAAACUCCUAAGAAGUUUACGGGGGAGCAGCCGUCCAUCUCGGGGACAUUUGGACUGAAAGGACUUGUCAAAGCAGAGGACAAAGCAAAAGCCCAUCGAGCCAAGAAGCUGGAGGGAAAUUCCAACAUGGAGGAGCUGAAAAAGAAACCUCCAGGAGUUGGUGUGAAGAAGGAAACAUCUGUGCAUCCACCAGCAGCAGCAAACCCCGAGGACCAGUGGCAGCGGGAGAUCAGUGAGAAGGGGGAAGUUUCCUGUCCAACGUGCAGUAUUAUAACCAGGAAAACUAUUGUGGGACUCAAAAAGCACAUGGAUGUCUGCCAGAAACUGCAGGAUGCCUUGAAGUGUCAGCACUGCAAAAAGCAGUUCAAGUCCAAAGCUGGGCUGAAUUACCACACCAUGGCUGAACACGUCAGCAAGGAACUGCUCCUGGAUUUCUCAGGUGGCCUUUUGGGUGUAAUGACAAGAAAAGCACGAGCAGAUCCAGCGCAUAACAGCGAACCAGUGGGAGAUCCAGCUCUCCUAGUGAGAGGUUCCCUCCAGCCCAGGGCAACUCCCUGCAAGGCAGGGGUUCUACCAUCCACUCCUGGCACAGAGGACAUGAGUAAAUGGUUGACUCUGUCGCUUCUGUUACUUCCUUGUUUCCAGCCUGUUCCUGUGGAAACCGCUGGACUUGGUGAACAGGAAGAGCGGGAAAGGCUGAGGAAAGUGCUAAAGCAGAUGGGAAAACUGAAAUGCCCCAAUGAGGGUUGUGUGGCCAACUUCUCCAGCCUGAUGGGCUACCAGUACCACCAGAAGCGGUGUGGCAAGCAGCUUGCCGAGGCCGACAAGCCCGUGUUCAGCUGCCCACACUGUGGCAAGAAGUACAAAUCCAAGGCUGGCCACGACUACCACGUGCGGUCAGAACACACGGCCUCGGUGAGCCCCCCGGACGCCUCCGCAGCCCGAGGAGCGGGGCCAUCCCCCCCCGGGGGGGACUGCAGAGCUGCAGAGCCCACGGGCAGGACAGAGCCGGGCAAGGCCGGGCCGGGCAAGCCUCCAGAGGAGCCAGAGGUGAAGCCAGAGCCGGGUCCCGUAGAGGAUUUUGAGAGGACCCCGAGCGGCCGCAUCCGUCGGACGUCAGCCCAAGUCGCCGUCUUCCACCUCCAGGAGAUUGCAGAGGAUGAGCUGGCCAGGGACUGGACCAAGCGGAGGAUGAAGGAUGACCUGGUGCCUGAAACGAAGCGGCUCAAUUACACCCGACCCGGACUUCCAAAGCUCAAUCCCAGGCUGCUGGAAAACUGGAAGAACGAAGUGAAGGAGAAGGGCCGCAUCAACUGUCCUAACAACUGCUGUGAAGCCAUUUACUCCAGUGUUUCGGGGCUGAAAGCUCACCUGGCCAACUGCAACAAGGGGGACCACUCAGUGGGCAAGUACCGCUGCCUCCUGUGCCAGAAGGAGUUCAGCUCUGAGAGUGGCGUCAAGUACCACAUCAUCAAGGCUCACUCGGAGAACUGGUUCCGAACCUCCUCAGAGGCCAGCCGGAAAAAGAAAAACAGGGAACAGCUUUCUUCCAGCAAAGAGGAAAAAAAGAAAAGCACAAACGGGAAGAAGAGGGGGAGAAAACCCAAGGAGAGGCCUCCGGAAAUGUCCCCGAAGGGCAAAGAGAGCGUGGCAGCAAAGACUAAUCACAAGAAAACCCUCGAGCACUGGGAAGGCUCCCGGAGCAGCCCCGAGGGGGACGAGCUCGUCCUCAAGCCCCCGAGCCAGCGGAAGGGAGGAGCCAGCAAGAUGCCCGAGAAAUGAGCAGCUCAGAGACUCGUCUCCGAGGAUUCGUUUACAGCCCAGGGUAACAGGGUGGGGGUCUCUCCCAGUUUUAUGUCCCCUCCUCCCCAUCCCACCUCCCUUUGCCCCACCCUCCUCUCACCCUCUUUUUACAAAAACAAAGGAAAAAAAAAAGACAGAAAAUACCAAUUAACCACUUUAAACAAAUCACGGACCUUGUUUCACACUGGAAAACAAACAGGAUCAAGGAAGCUGGAACGUUCUCCACCCCCUGCCCAUGUACAUACCCCUCGGUGGGGCCCCGCUGCCUCCCCCGGCCCGUGAUUCCCGUCCCCUGCGCCAACCUGGUGACG